CCGCGGCUUCAUUAGCACGUCCACAACCACAAACUUCUGAUCGACCCAUGCCGACGGGUCCAUCGCCGCUUGGCACACGGGAUCACGCCAAGAAGAGCUCGAAAACUCAGCACAAUGCCAUCGUACUCUCUCAACCAGUUCACUGAUCUGGAGGAAAUGAUGUGCAAGCAGCUGCUGGGCCUUGACCUGAGGGAGCAGAACGGGCCUCUUUCCAUGGCCAUGAAAACCCCGGGCUACAUUGGUCAGCGGAGCAACUCAUCCUUUUCCCUCUCCUCACUGUGCCCUUCUGAGUCUUCAGACAUAUUCCCAUCUCCCAGCCAAUGGAGACAGUCUCCAGAAAGUCCUCUGUCCCCUCAGCUUCCCAACUCCACCCAAUGGGGAAAGACAGGCUUCCUGACCCAAAGAUCUAUCAGUAUGGUGGAGACCAACAGCAUGGCUGCUGCAAGUCUCUGCUGGCCUGGAAGUGACCUCAGCACUGCAGCUUUGAGCAGCUCCUCUCUGUCUGCCUCCUCAGUCUCCUCAUCUUCCACUUCAUCUCGUUAUAAGACUGAACUGUGCCGUUCUUUCACUGAAAAUGGCCUCUGCAAGUAUGGAAGUAAGUGCCAGUUUGCACAUGGAAUGGAUGAACUGCGUGACCUCAACAGACACCCCAAGUACAAGACAUUGCCAUGCCGCACUUUCCACACCAUCGGCUUCUGUCCUUAUGGCAUCCGCUGCCACUUUGUGCACAACAAUGAAGAGGAGAGGAAUCAGUCCAUCACUCGCUCCUCAUCCUCACCAUCUUCCUCAUCCACUGGUGUUCCAAACCAGACCCCCUCCACGCGUUCCAACAGACCUCCCCUGAUCAGACACAGCUUCAGCUUUGCUGGUUUUCCCUCAGCUCCUCAGGGUCUGCAGUCUGCUCACCCGGGUUCAGCAUUCACACGUGCUCCCUCUGCCUCUCCUCCAGCCUGCGCUGACAUCACUGACCUGCUGUCCCAGGCCUUCCUGGAGCUGGACUUUGCCUUUGAGGCUUCCCCAGCUCAUCAGCAGUACCAGCCCCCACAAAGCCAGACUUCUGCAGGUGACCCACGCUCUCCAUUCCUCCCCUCUCCAGAUUCAGGCUGUUCAUCCCCCACAUUGAGGCAGAGCCCAGGGGCCCCAGGAGCCUUUGGACCCCUGGGCACCAGAUCUCUGUCCUACACAUCUCUGUCAGACCAGGACCAGGAUGGAGGGAGCUCCAGCAGCUCUCUGAGUGGCUCGGAGCCCUGCUGUGGCCUUAAUGAAGCCAGUGGCAGACGCUUGGCUGUGUUCAGUCAGCUCUCUGUUCCUGACGAUCCUGCGGCCUUCUUUAUUUAGCUGCACUGUGCCUCACACAUGCAGUGUAUUGAAGGAUAUCAUGAGUGACUCUACUUCAGUACUCACCCUUACCAGAGACUGGACUGACCAUUUCAUGUAAACAGGAUCGGUGUAAUGUCAAAAUAAUAUGGACACUUUUAUAACAUGUGGUUAAGUUGUUUAUGCUUCAUCACAUCAGUGUUCUGACACAGCAAAUUGCAACAGAGUUAUUGUAAUCACAGUGUGAUUGGCCACAGUGCGGUCUGUUGUUGAGUCCAACCACACCAGUAUUUUUAUUUCUAUUUUUCUAUCAACUGAAUGAUCUAAUAUAUGACCAAGCCAAAGACAUCUGUUUGUAGCGUUUGAUAAUGGCCUGCGUUUAGAAGUGUUUUCCUGUUGACUGUACACAGUAUUGUUUAAACAUUGGAGAGAUUGUUUCCACACAGUGGGGUUAGAGGCUCUGUUUCCAUCUCUGCCUCAGUGCCUGAAUGUUUUUAAAUACAAUUGAAGUGCCUGUUGGGUUAUAGAGCAGGACAUGUUACAUUGUUGAAUUCUUAAGUUGUAGAUUUGUUUGUGAAGUGGGGCGGGUUGAUGAAGCUAAAAUUAGUUAAGCUAUUGCAAAAAGUGCAUUAUUGACUGCAACUGUUAAUCCCAAUGUCUCUCUUGCAAAGAUUUAAACAACUAUUUAUUGACCUCUAAACUUGGUGCUACAUAAAUUGUAUGCACUGUGAAGCACAGACAUUCCUGGGAUUGGGAGUUGAUGACCAUUUUCUCCAUAAGCAUGGACACAACUUUGGUGUUCAACUUUUAUUUCUGUAAUUAUUCAUGUUUUGUGACUCUUCACUCCAACCCAUUUUGUCUUUUUUUUUUUUUUUCCCCUUUUUUUGAAUGUUAGCAUCCUGGUCACAGCCUGUUAAGCCAGGUGUGGGUCCAGCAUACUGUAGUGUUAGCCUAGAGUUUUAGAAUGUUACCUGGCUGUUUGUGAUAAUCUUUAGUAAAUUAAUUUCUUUAAUUUAUUUUAACAUAUUUAUAGAAGACUUUUGAGUUGUUAAUGCUUGUAUCAAGUUUAAUAUAUUUGGGUUUCAUUUGCUCUUUUGUACUGGAAAUAAAGUUUUUGUUUUUUUAAUGUU